CCAGACAGCCAGGAGCCACGUCACCCAGUGCAGGCUUUGGGAUUGCUGAGCAGAUUUAGUCUGGCUCCUUCUUGGGGACAAAACCCAACUUUGUCUGGGAGAUCAGCCUGGAAGGGAGCGAGCUGGUGCCGCAGGGAGAGAAAACCUCUGAGGGGCAAACUGGUUCUGGUGGAGAUAAAAUCUACCUUGAGGUAAAUUUAAGCAAGGGAGGCAGUUCACCCUGGAAGGGAAAGUUGCGCAGGGAUAACGGGUGUUUUUUAAUAGAAGGAGUCUGAAUUUUCCUCCACCAGAAGAGAGGACUCCAUACACAGAUAAAAAGAAAGUUCAGUUGGAAGAGAGCCUCUACUUGAUCAAGGCAAGGGCAAAAAAAAAAAAAUCACUGCUGAGUUUUACCAAGUAACAACCUUUUGGGGAAGCCCUGGAGGCUGCCCUAGCCCUGUCCACCCGGGCAAACACUCUGCUUGCUUUGCCUCUGAGGAACCCGCGUAGCAAUGAACGUCUUCCGGAUCCUGGGAGACAUCUCCCACUUGCUGGCUAUUAUCAUCCUGCUGCUUAAGAUCCUGAAGUCUAAGUCCUGCGCUGGUAUCUCCGGGAAAAGUCAGAUUCUUUUUGCCCUUGUCUUCACAACUCGCUAUCUGGACCUGUUCACAACCUUCAUAUCUCUCUAUAACACCGUGAUGAAGGUCAUUUUCUUGAUAUGUGCCUACAUCACUGUGUACAUGAUCUACGUGAAAUUCCGGAAAACAUUUGACAGUGAGAAUGACUCCUUUCGCCUUGAAUUCCUCUUGGUCCCUGUCACAGGCUUGUCGUUUCUGGAGAAUCACAGCUUUACACCCUUGGAGAUACUCUGGACUUUCUCCAUCUACCUGGAGUCAAUAGCUAUCCUUCCUCAGCUCUUCAUGAUCAGUAAGACGGGGGAAGCUGAGACCAUCACAACACACUACCUUUUCUUCCUGGGCCUCUACCGUGCUCUCUACAUUGCCAACUGGAUCUGGCGCUACCACACAGAGAAAUUCUAUGACCAGAUUGCAGUAGUUUCUGGGGUGGUACAAACCAUCUUCUACUGUGAUUUCUUCUAUCUCUACGUUACCAAAGUCCUAAAAGGAAAAAAGCUAAGUCUUCCAAUGCCUGUUUGAAGAUGUUUCCACAAAUACAAGAAACUCCUGAAGAUGAAGCUCUGAGAUCGCAGCUUUCCUUUCCUGCCCCUUGUUGAUCAAACGAAUGGCUCAGCUGAGUUUCAGUUCCAUGCCAGAAAGACACUGAGGCUUGGAAAGCUGGCAUGCUUUUGACCUGUAUGGGAUUUGCCUCAGUUUCCCCCCUCACCCACUGCUUUUCUUCUUACCUGAAUCUAGUGCUAGUAAAUAGUGCUGGCCAAUACUACAGUACCACAAGCUAUUCUCUCCCCACCUCUCUCCACAGCACCCACCUCCAAAACAUGCCUCUACCUUGGCCCCGAGACACUACAAGGAAUAAAAGGGAAGCUGUCACUACCCGUUUAGCCCUAAAAACGGCCUAUGGUAAAGGGAACAUGGUAUUAUCAAGUCUGGUAAUACACAAAGGCCACUGACCCACUUCAUGUGUCACCACGUAUGAUGUGGCAGACACUACAAACUAUUGCCUAUGAACUACUAUCCACCUGCAACUUAAAUGGUGCCUUAUCCUCAUUCUGUUCAGGUCCUGUAAGAUUCAGGAAAAAUGCAAUCCCUUCAAAUGACAAGAAUCUUCCAAUUCUACAGAUACUCACACAUCUUAUCACUUGUUUUCUUUCAGUGACAGUUCUUAAUGCUCUACAGAUGGGCAAAGUUUUUACUAAAAUUCAGUAUGUUGCCAAUAGAUGUUUCCAACUCCUUCAACUUGAUUUUUAUAUUAACUGGGGAAAACGAGUUAAAGACUUGUUUUACGCUCCAAAAAUAAAGACAAAGUUCACAA